UCUGUCUGUCUGUCUCUCUAAACACUAAAAGCUGGGUCUUGUAUCCAGGCAACGCUGAGACGCACGCGGAGUUCACUUCAGAUCUCUGUCACUGCAGCGGAAGUUUGUUUAAUUUAUUACCGACACUGAUUUAAAUACGUCAUUACAGAUGUACAGUCGCGCGCGCAGGGUUACGGAUUUGUGCGCCGGGAGCACGAGCACCGCCAACGUGGGUCCGGGUUCCUACAAUAUCCAGAGGUCUGCUCCAGAGAGAACCGGGUCUUACGCUCCUUUCCUAUCUCUGUCCUCCAGGCACUCUGUGUUUGACAGGUUGGACAGUGAGCAGUGUUCUCCUGGACCGGCUCACUAUGAUGGAGUCCUUACUUGGGCUCCUGUUCCUGGUGGACAUUCUCUGCAGAACCGCUCCAGGCGUUUUGAGGAGGCGGAGUCAAAUAUUCCAGGACCAGGAACCUAUGACAUCAUCCAGCCGUGGGGGAAGAAGCUCCACCCACUGACUACCCCAGACAGGGGCAUUAAGGUGCAGCUUGCUGUGUGUUAUAGCGGUUGCGUGGUUCCAUUCUGUAGCUGCUCCCAAACUUAUUCUUCUGGUCAGAUUAAAACGUACGCUUCAACUGAUGUUUGUCGUUUCUUUUACUGCAUUCCUUCACAACUUAAGUGCAUUCAAUCACCGUCAAACACCAUCAAACACCAUCAAACACCGUCAAACACUGUCAAACACCGUGAAAAACUGAAAUAAAGUACAUAACACAUUUUCACAUGAGCAUAUUGUACAUAAGCAUGUUCUUAAGAGUCCAUGAGUAUUCAUUCAUCUUGCUCACAUAUUAAACUAGCAUUAAUGGCCUUAGGAAACAUUUGCACUAUUACAUUACAAUACAAACAUGAAACGCACGACAUCACAAACCAACAUUCCGUGUGCGCCUUCCGACCA